CCCAACCCCACAGGGUUCGAACUAGGGUUUCGGAUCUCCCACGGUAGUGACCUCCUUUUCUUUGUCCUCAAUUGCCCAAGUCCCAACUUUCCCUCCAAACUCCAAACUCACUGUCCGAACUCUACAGCAGCAAGCAACAACAACGACAAUGGCCUCGCGCUUCCAGGCCGUGGCGCUGGUGGCCUCGCCCUCCUACUCAAACGCCAUCGCCUGGUCCGACGAGAACCUCAUCGCAGUCGCCUCCGGUCACCUCGUCACCAUCCUGAAUCCAGCAUUGCCUUUUGGACCACGAGGCCUUAUCACGAUCCCCACUGGUGAACCUUUUCCAAUUGGUGUUGUAGAUAGAAAAGAUUUACUCUCUGACUGCUUGUUGCCCACCUGUUUAUCCCGAGAUCGUCGACCCUGUGUUAGAUCAAUAUCAUGGUCCCCACUUGGAAUGGCUCCUAACUCAGGAUGCUUGCUGGCUGUUUGUACAACAGAAGGACGUGUGAAACUUUAUCGUCCACCAUUUUGUGACUUUGGUGCUGAAUGGAUAGAGGUUAUGGAUAUAUCAGAUAGGCUUUAUGAUUAUCUUGCAAGUAUCGACUUUCGAGACUUAAAUGUGUCUUGUCGAGAAUAUUCUGAUGCAACAGAACAUAGAUGUGCACAGGAUUUAUCAAACAUUAAUUCAAGAAAAGAAAAGCGUAAGAGAAGAAAAAGCAAUGAGGGCGCUGAAACUAUUUGCAACCAAUUACCAUGUUCAAGGAAAAUUAAGGAUUCCAAUGCUAGCUCUGGCCCUGAGGGACAAGGGUUGGAAACGGUGUCUGAGAUGAAUUCCAACCAGAAUUUACAUCAUUUUGAUCUUGUUUCUAAAUCUAAUGCAAAAGCUCUAAUUAAGAUAUCAGAAAAGUGCACACUCCCACAGAUAACUGCAAAUCAAUACGCUUCGCGCAGUGCAAUGCUGUGGUCACUUGCUGUUGCCUGGUCGCCGUUGCUGCAGUUAUCAUCUAAACUCUGUUCAGUCCCUCAGACUGGUUCAUCUUUUUCUCUACUUGCACUAGGUAGCAGAUCUGGUAUUAUUUCAUUAUGGAAAAUUUAUGUACCAGAAUGUUACUCUGUUGAGCAUAGUGGGGUCCCCACUACUGCAACCAUUGUUGGGCUCCUUCAGGCACACAAUUCGUGGAUCACGUCAAUCAGUUGGGCUUUGUGUGCUUCUGAUUCUUCGAGUCCUCAGGUUUUAUUGGUUUCCGGGAGUUCUGAUGGGAGUGUAAGGAUAUGGCUUGGGAAUAGUGAGGAAUUGCUGAACUCAUCAGAAGUUAAUUUGACUCCCCUUUUACUAUUGAAGAAGGUUAUAGUUGCUGAUAGUGUCCCCAUCUCUGUACUUUCACUUUGGAUGCCUGCAAAGUCCCUGCAUAAAAUGCUCUUGGCAGUUGGCAAAGGAUCCGGAUCUUUUGAAGUUUGGAAUUGUGACAUAUCUAGCAAUAGAUUUGAUAUAGUUGGCUCAUACGAUGCUCAUGACCAUGUUGUUACAGGCUUAGCUUGGGCAUUUGAUGGAUCUUGUUUGUACAGCUGCAGCCAGGACAAUUUUAUGCGCAGCUGGAUUUUACAUGGGAGUUCCCUCUGUGAAGUACCCAUCCCUGCAAAUACUCCCCAUUUGAGGAGCUCAACUGAUAACUCUUUGCAGCUUCCAGAUGCAUUUAUUUCAUGCAUUGGUUUGGCGGUGUCCCCUGGAAAUCUCGUGGUUGCUGUGGUACGCAAUUUGGAUCUUGAACUAUUGAAUCCAAUGUACCAGGCAAGGGCUCAAAAGGCAGUUGUUGAGUUUUACUGGAUUUGUGGGCAACAACUGGAUCUCUUGUCAAACGCUUCCCCUCCAUUUUAUGUUGAAGAAUUCCCUGGAUUUCCUGAGAAGGAAUUGACUAGUUGGGAGUCCAAUAUUCUUUGGUCGUUGAAACAAUAUGAGCAUUUGGAUAAGCCUCUGGUUGUUUGGGAUAUCAUAGCAGCAUUAUUGGCUUUCAAGCAAACUGCAUCUAAGUUUGUCGAACAUAUAAUGCUUAAAUGGCUCUCAUUUGCAUUUAUGGGGUCCAAUGUUGACCUCUCUGCUGAAAAGAUUUUGCUACAUGCCUCUAGAAGUUUAUCAAAGAUCAAUUCUCGUCAGCUGCACCUCCUAAAUAUUUUAUGUAGGCGCGUAAUGCUAUCGGAGCUGAAGGCCGAUCAAAUAAACAGCAAAUUACAGAACUUGGGAGGAUUAUGUGGUGCUGAAGGGGGGCAACUGACUACGUGGAUGGAGCUACUUUUCAGCAGUGAAAGAGAACUCCGUGAGAGGCUUGUGGGUUUUAGUUUUUCUGCUUUUAAAAAUGUUAUCUCCCAUUCAGCCACAACUGCUUCCCGAUCUGGAUAUUGGCAUCCUGAUGGAUUGGCACAAAUGGAGCAGUGGGUUGCUCUUAAUCGUGAACAUGUACGCAAUGAACUAAAAGUCCUUGUGUCAGAAGUUGGACUGCGUGAGAGGAGGGAAUGUAUAGCAGCAGAGCAAUGUAGCUAUUGUUCCGCACCAGUGCCAUAUGAAUCACCAGAAGUUGGCUUUUGCCAAGGUGUAGAGUGCAAUAGUGACAUUGGUCAGAGCCACAGACUCCCAAGGUGUGCGGUUUCUAUGCAGGUUUGCCCUACUACUACCUUAUGGUUUUGUAUAUGUUGUAAUAGAUGGGCUUGGAGACUGGCACCGGAGCCGCUUUUUUCGAGGUCCGAAUGUCAUUUAGAUUUCAAAUCUUCAGCCAAAUCAUCUGUUUUCAAAGUAUCCUCAAAACCUUUGUGCCCCUUCUGUGGGAUACUGCUACAGAGACUGCAGCCAGACUUUCUACUUUCUGCAUCACCCGUGUAAAAAGAAUGUUUCCAUGUGUUUAUCUUGUUGUAUUAAUGAUUGUAAAAGCCGUUUUGCUGUGAUUCUAUCUGAAGGAAUGGCGUUGGCCAACUGCGUGCGUGCAGUAGCCUAGGGCUUGGGAGAAUAGAUUUUUAAGUAGCAUCUGGGUAACAAUAGGCUCCAAAGUUGUAUAUCGCAAACACUUUAGCCUAAAGAUGUACAUGUACAAAAUAAAUUGAUGCAGCAUUCUGCUUGAAA